AAGACAUCGAGGGGCAUUUGGCUAUAUCACUCCGAGGUCCUUCAAUCCUUCGAGAGACCUCAGGAUGGCGGGGUCUAAGGAGUGGUGGGUCAUCCCUCUCACCCUUUUUCUCACUCUCUCACUUUCUCACGCCCAGGACGCCCCCGAGCCAUGUGGGGAGUGCGACAGCACCUGCCCUGACGUGACCACUUGCAAAUACGGCGUGGUCAAAGAUGUCUGUGGGUGCUGUGAGGUCUGUGCGCGCGGCUUGGGUCAACGGUGUGAUGAGCCUUAUAACGUACAUGAAAACGCACAUGACCUAGCUCCACAUAAGCCUGUGUACGGGUCGUGUGGGGAGUACCUUGUGUGUGUACCAAGAACGGAUUUGCAGCAGGACAGCUCAGAGCACACCUGCCAAUGCUCGGAGGACGGACAGGUGUGUGGGAGCGACGGGCAAACCUACACCUCCCUAUGUCAUCUUCUGGCACGCACAUACGAACUCACGGAUUUGCAUGUCGCAGUCAGAGGCCCCUGCAUGGAAGCUCCCACAAUCCGCUCUACCCCCGAGGACACAUCCAGACCCCUUGGAAGUAUCUUGGUUCUGGACUGUGAGGCAAAGGGCUUCCCCGUUCCAACCAUUACCUGGGUCCUGAACAAGCCAGACGGGUCAUCCUUGGAGCUCCCAGGUGACGACUCUUCCUUCGCCGUCCAAGUCCGCGGCGGGCCUGAGAGCAACAUGGUGACCGGCUGGGUACAGAUUAUGCGCAUUACCAAAGACACGCUCGGCAUCUACACGUGUCUAGCGAAGAACAGCGAGGGGGAGGCGCGCGCGUCUGCUACUGUGACUGAGCUGAAGCCGGAACGGAAGCAAUAUCCGAAGAAGGCCUAAGUAGCUCUCUCUCUCUCUCUCUCUCUCUCUCUCUCUCUCUCUCUCUCUCUCUCUCUCUUCAAACAUCAAAGUGGAAUUCUGAGUCUAUAUUAAACUCUCUCUCUCUCUCUCUCUCUCUCUCUCUCUCUCUCUCAUUCGACGAAUUCCACGCCCAAGAAACAUCAAGAAAAAGAAAGAAAGAAAAUAAAGAUAGCGAAUUAAAGAUAGCAAAUUAAAGAUAGAGAUAAUUAAAGAUAGAGCGAAUUAAAGAUAGAGGCACCAAGGAAAACAUAACAAGCAAGAAAAUAAAGAAAGUGUGAAAAUCUUAUUAUCUUUAUUAUAUUAUUUUUAUUAUUUUUUUAGACUAGGCAGCGAUUUUGACCUUCUCUCUCUCUCUCUCUCUCUCUCUCUCUCUCUCUCUCUCUCUCUCUCUCUCUCUCUCUCUCUCUCUCUGCCCGUUUAAAAAUUAUAUAUAAAAAAAUAAUACUAAAUAAAAAUAUAUCUUCAUAAAUACCUAUAGACUUAAGGGAGUUCAGAAAAAUAUAUUUACACUGGUAUUAUAACUAUGUACUAUUAUGACUAUUAUUACUAUUAUAUUGCUUUUUUGCUGUGAGCUGAGGUUUGACUAUUUUGUAUUAUGUUAAUUUUUAAGGAUAGUUUUAAGUUGCUAAGUCCAUAUCAUUAAAGUUGUUUGUGUUUA